AUGUUGACCGUCCGCUUGUCUCUCUCUACCCUGGUGGUGCUUUUCUUGGCCCUGUUCUUUACCAUAGGGGCAUUCGUCGAGGCAGCACCUCAGAGGCAGAAUAACGGUAAUGGACAAGGUGGAAAUCGGGGUGGUAAUCGUGGUGGCGGUAACAAAAAUUCCAAGGGAAAUGGCAACGGAGGACAAACUGCACAGCAGCAAGCAGCACAAAAGCCCCAGGGAAUUUCAAAGGCCAAGGAUGGCUCCACGAUUCUUGACAUGACUGUCACAGUGAAUGAUCUCCCACUCCGUUUCAAGAUAAGCGGCCCUGCCAACCAAUUCACUACUGCCUCUGGCGUUAAUGGGGCGCAACAAGCCCCGGGAACUCAGGGUAAUCUUGGGCUCAAUGUUCUCCUGCAUGGAGAUGGUGGUCAGUCGUUUUUCGACUUUCCUAAUCAAGGAGUUCAACAGAACCUCGCUGGCGUUGCUGUUCUCGCUCCGGACCCGAACCUCUUCUGGGGCGGAGGUGCGGGCCUCAAUCGCGUUGAUGGAGUUGCCCACGCUCAAGCUGUGAAUGACUUGGUUCUGAACGAACUUCCUAAGGUAAUGGCGGUUAACACAUCGAAUGUCUUCUUCACUGGCGUUUCUGGCGGCUCCCUCUUGCUCUCUGGCUUCUUCAUACCCCAGCACAUGACCAACUUCCAAGGCACAGGCGUACUCUUGAACUGUGCUGGCCUACCUCCUCAAGUCGGCUUUGUUGACGCCAAUGCAGUCGCCAAAUCCACUCGAAUCCACUUCCAAAGUACUCAAAAAGAGCUUCAAAACCUGCAGGGUGCUAUUAGGGAAUCUGUGACCGCCUAUGAGAAACUUGCUUCUGAUGCUGGUUUAAAUAACGGUCAAAUUAAUGCACUACAAACCGUUGAUAACUCCCCCAAUGGCGGGCAUUGCGCGUUUGACGGGAAAGGGUUUGUUAGCGGAAUCCAACUUAUGGCGGAUAACUUUGCGAACAUUAUGCAAGGCGGAAACGGCAACGUGAAUGGCAUCGGAAAUGUGUUGAAGGGUGUUGUUGGGAACGAGAACCUGCAAUUUGCCUGA